AUGCCUUCUUUGCCGGCGGUCCCUCGCCGCCGACAACGGUCAGAGGAGGAUACCGAUGAGGCCUCCCUCACACCCACGCAGUCUUCGACUGGCAGCAAACGCCGACGAUUACAACAUCCUGUGGAGCACGAUGAUGACGACGACGACGACGACGAAACGGGCGAUGAGAGCGGUGGUCAGGGAACGGAUACUGGGUGUGAAGAUGAGGGGUCGGAGUCUUCUACGCAGGCUAGCAUGAGCACGGGUGGGAUGCAGGCUACUCAGACGCAAGCUACGCAGUUGAACGGUAGUCAGAGUCAGGGUGAGCCUGAUGCGGAUGGCUAUAAACCCGGUUCUAUUGUGCGGAUUAAGGUUAAUUAUUUCGUUACCUAUACUUCUGCGGAGUUCUUCCCUGGUCCGAAAUUGAACAUGGUUAUUGGACCGAACGGAACGGGAAAGAGUACCUUGGUGUGCGCGAUAUGCUUAGGUUUAGGAUGGGGUCCGCAGCACUUAGGACGCGCCAAAGACCCCGGUGAAUACGUCAAGCAUGGCUGUCGAGAAGCCAGUAUCGAGAUCGAACUUGCAGGAGGGACCCGUUUCCGUCGAAACCCAGUCGUGCGUCGAGUUAUCAAACGGGAUGGCAACAAGAGUUUCUUCUUUCUAAACGACAAGCCCGUGGGCCGCAACAAGGUGUACGAACUCGCUCAGUCUUUCGCCAUCCAAAUCGACAACCUCUGCCAAUUCCUGCCGCAAGAUAAGGUAGCGGAAUUUGCCGCGCUUACGCCAAUUGAACUACUUCAUUCGACGCAGAGAGCUGCUGCGGGACCGGACAUGCUCGAGUGGCAUGAGAGUCUGAAGAAGCUGAGGGCUCAGCAGAAGAAGUUGCAAACGGAUAACCAGGCUGAUAAGGACCUGCUUACGAACCUCGAAAACCGACAAGAAAUGCAGAGGGCGGAUGUUGAACGGAUGCGACAGAGGGUUGAAAUCAAGAGAAAGAUCGAGAUGAUGGAGUUCUCGAAACCCGUUACGCGGUACAAAGACCACCACCAGCAAUAUGAAGCCGCAAAAAGAAAUACAUCGAACCUCAGGCAAGAGCUUCAGCAGCUCGAAGCAGAGCUAGAACCAGCCUUCAGGGUGUUGAAUGCGAAGAAGGACUAUUGCAAGUCAUUGAAUGACACCGUUAAAGAUCAAGAAGAAGUUAUCGAGCAAGCGAACAAUUCAGCCAAGGAACUUGGAAGGAAGAUUGAGCAACGUGAAGACUCGAUAAAGGAUCUGGCUGGACAAAUCGAGGCUGAGAGGAAGACCGCUGCCACGCACAAGCAGGAACAGAACCGAGUCCAUCAAUCCAUCAACAAACUCAAACGCCAAAUGGAGGAGGAGCCUGUGGAGUUCGACGUUGAUUGGUACAAUGAGAGGAUUAGGGAGAAACGACAGGAAAUGCGAAACCUUAUAACUCGCGGAGAAAGCAUCAAAGACGAGCGGCGGCCAAUAUUUGAGGUGCUCAGUGACAGGAAGACGCGUAUAAAUCAGGCAGAGCGACAGCUAUCCAGCCUUGAUUCUGUUUCUGGACGGCAAGAAACGAAGCUCGAAAGCCUAUCGCACGAGACGUAUGCGGCCUACAAAUGGCUCUUAGACAACCAAGACAAGUUCGAAAAAGAAGUCUUUGCUCCGCCGAUUGUCUCAUGUUCUGUGAAAGAUCCAAAAUACGCCGAUGCCCUCGAGUCAUUAAUGCAGAAGAAUGAUUUCCUGGCCUUCACGACGCAGAGCCGUAACGACUUCAGAACUUUGCAGAAAUACCUAAGCAUGGACAUGAAGCUUUCUGAUAUCAGUAUAAAGACUAGCUCUGUCCCUCUGGACCGCUUCCAACCCUCUUUGUCGGAUGGGGAGAUUCGCCAAUUUGGGUUCGACGGCUGGGCAAAGGACUUUCUCAACGGCCCAGAUCCCGUGGUUGCUUUCCUCUGCAGCGAAAACCGAUUGCAUCAAACACCUAUCGGUCUUCGCGAUAUCAACGAUGAUGAGUACAAUCGGAUAGCGGAUGGAACAAUAACCUCGUGGGUGUCCGGAAAACACAGCUAUCAGAUCUCCCGGCGCCGGGAAUACGGGCCUAGUGCAACGAGUACUCGUACGAGACAAGUGAGACGGGCGCAAGCCUGGACGACUCAACCUGUUGAAGCAUCAACGAAACACGAAUUGCAACAAAGAAUCCAGAUUCUGAGAGAUGAACUUCGGGAGUUCGAUGAGAAGGCGGAAGCUGGUAGAGCUAAACUUGACCAGUUGGGCAGAGAGCAUGGAGACAUUAAACGCGAAAUGGAGGAACUUGAUCGAGAGAAAUCCGACAAGCAAACUGCACAUACGCACUUCAGGGCCAUUCCUGAAAAGAUCGGUCAAUAUGAAGCCAGGCUGAAGAAUAUGGAGAGCUUCUCCGAAGGAGUCAAGGCCAGAGUGCGUGGCAUCCGGGAUCAACAAGAUCGAUUAUCGAUCAAAAAAGCUGAGGCGACAAUUGAAUACGCUCGUGCGGUCGAGAAACUUCGCAAGUUGCAUGAGCAACACCUUACAACAAGAGUCCGACAUAUCGAGGCGAUUUCUGAUUCUGAUACUUUGGAGCACCGUAACGAGGAACAGCGCACAAUCCAGAAACAGAAACAGGCCGAAGUAAAGGAAGCAAUGGCCUACCUCAAGACGGCAUCGGAAACGGCCAAACAGUUGAUGAAGGAAGCCAGCGCAGUCGUCAAGGCUUCCAAACGCCAGCCCGAUUUGGAAGAAUUCCUCAAAACGCUGGCAGACUACACCAGCGAACGGCUGGAGGCGGACAUUGAUUCAGAAAAGGCCCGGUUGGAGCUCACGCAGGGAGGCAGCAGUAAUGUGAUCAAGGAAUUCGAAGAGCGCGAGCGUCAAAUCAACAAACUGCGCAGCAAGCUCUCAGACUUCGAGGGCCAACUGGGUGAGUUCAACUACGCCAUCAACGAAGUACGCAGCAAAUGGGAGCCGAAACUGGACGCGCUCGUCAAGAGAAUCAGCGACGCAUUCUCUGACUCCUUUGCCCGCAUCGGCUGCGCAGGUCAGGUCGCCUUAAACAAAGCCGGCGAGGAGCCUACACCAAUCGACGCAGCGAACGGCGAAAGACCAGCAACAAUAACAACAACAGGGACGGCGGGCGACAGCGACUUCGACCAAUGGUCAAUCCAGAUCCACGUCAAAUUCCGCGAAAACGAAAGUCUCUCACUCCUCGACUCGCAUCGCCAAUCUGGAGGCGAGAGAGCAGUCAGCACGAUCUUCUACUUAAUGGCGCUCCAGUCCCUCUCCGCUUCCCCAUUCCGCGUCGUCGACGAAAUCAAUCAGGGUAUGGAUCCGCGCAAUGAGCGAAUGGUGCACGAGCGCCUGGUGGAUAUCGCCUGUGCCCACACCACCACUACCACAAGCACAACCACCAGUAACGACGACGAAAGCGUGGGCGGUGGAGGCGGUGGCCAAUACUUCCUAAUUACGCCCAAACUCCUCAGCGGAUUGGCCUAUAAGCCGGGUAUGAAGGUACUGUGUAUUGUCAGUGGCGAACAUAUGCCGCCGGACUACAGUCAGUUGAACUUUGGGCAUGUGGUGGAGAGGCUGCGGGCUGUGAAGACUGGUCACGGUGCUAAUGCUAAGGGGAAGGGGAGGGUCAUUGAGUCGUCUGUUCAGAGGGUUAAUGGUGUUUCUGCUUGA